GAAGAGGUGUAUUUAACACGACGCAGCCGUCAGCCAGAGCAAAACGCUGGCAGGCAGCAGGAACUCGUCUUCUCCAGUCUCCACCACCAUUCCCCCCCUCUCUCUCGCCGGUCUCCGCCGCCGCCGCCUCGCUCGCCAAGACUAAUGGCUGACGGUGAGGAUAUCCAGCCACUUGUAUGUGAUAAUGGCACUGGAAUGGUCAAGGCUGGUUUUGCUGGCGAUGAUGCCCCAAGAGCAGUUUUCCCCAGCAUAGUUGGCCGCCCUCGUCACACAGGUGUCAUGGUUGGGAUGGGCCAAAAAGAUGCCUAUGUGGGUGAUGAAGCACAGUCAAAAAGGGGUAUCUUGACCUUGAAAUACCCUAUUGAGCAUGGUAUUGUAAGCAAUUGGGAUGACAUGGAAAAAAUCUGGCAUCACACAUUCUACAAUGAACUGCGUGUUGCUCCUGAAGAGCAUCCAGUUUUGCUGACGGAAGCUCCUCUAAACCCAAAGGCAAACAGAGAGAAGAUGACCCAAAUCAUGUUCGAGACAUUCAAUGCACCCGCGAUGUAUGUGGCUAUUCAAGCUGUUCUUUCUCUUUAUGCCAGUGGUCGUACGACAGGUAUUGUGCUUGAUUCUGGAGAUGGUGUGAGCCACACUGUGCCAAUCUAUGAGGGAUAUGCACUUCCUCAUGCUAUUCUCCGGCUGGAUCUUGCUGGUCGUGAUCUGACUGACUCCCUAAUGAAGAUCCUUACAGAGAGGGGUUACUCUUUCACUACAACUGCAGAGCGGGAAAUAGUAAGAGAUAUAAAGGAGAAGCUUGCCUAUGUUGCCCUUGAUUAUGAGCAGGAGCUGGAGACUGCCAAAAGCAGCUCCACUGUCGAGAAGAGCUACGAGUUGCCAGAUGGGCAGGUCAUCACAAUUGGCGCCGAGAGGUUCAGAUGCCCAGAAGUGCUAUUCCAGCCCUCACUGAUUGGUAUGGAGGCUCCUGGUAUCCAUGAAACCACCUACAACUCUAUCAUGAAGUGUGAUGUCGAUAUCAGGAAGGAUCUCUACGGAAACAUUGUGCUUAGUGGAGGAACGACCAUGUUCCCUGGCAUUGCUGACAGGAUGAGCAAGGAGAUUACCGCCCUUGCGCCGAGCAGCAUGAAGAUCAAGGUCGUGGCUCCUCCCGAGAGGAAAUACAGUGUCUGGAUCGGUGGUUCCAUCCUUGCCUCCCUCAGCACUUUCCAACAGAUGUGGAUAUCCAAGGGAGAGUAUGAUGAAUCCGGCCCUGCGAUUGUCCACCGCAAAUGCUUCUAAGCCUUGCAUCAUGUCUUGUUUCGCCGUAUUCCCUGUCAUUGUGAGCUUUUGUGUGCUUGGGUGUGUCCCCAUGAAGUAUUCUCUCCGAGUUUCUGCCACCGUUUUUGCAGAACGUCACUAGGUAUUACUGGACGAGGAAAAGGAGGUCGAAGUGCACCCUUCGUGUGAGAUGUCCUGCAUUAGUGAUUCAGAUUCCGUUUGUUCUAGUCGGGCAUAAUGUUGAUAUUAGUCGGAUGUGUGGAGGACUCUUAUCGGUUUGGCAUUGGCUGUUCUAUGAAUUUGGAGCAUUAGCUAUGUAUGUAUAAUCUUUUCUUAAAUGUUGGUUGUAUGGCUGUUUCUCAAGUGGAGGUUAAUGACGUGGAAAAUUUGACCUUGCAAUGGUUAGAACAUACCAUUCGUUUUGCUACACCUGAUCUAAAUCAUUUCCCUUCAAGAGUGAAGUUCAUAAACAA